GUUAACUCUCUAAGUGAGAAACUCAGAGUGCUGUUAAAAAGGCAAACAAUGACAUAAACAGUGACUAUUGUUAAGCGAUAGAGAAGGUAGCAUCACACAAAGCUGGCCAUUAUUAAAGCUCCUCAACUUAUCUGAAGAAAAGCAACAGGGGGUAGAAUGGCUAUGAAUAAAUGAGCUGUGGAUUCGCCAGACCUAUUAGUCAGCCCUGCUGCUUCUGUGAAACAACAGCCAAGGACAAACUGUGAGUAGUGCUAUUUGAGGUAAGUCCUUGAUGUCUGGUUCAGUCUUUAUAGUUGUAUCUUUGCUGCAAAUGCAUGCUACAGGAAGUGCUGCCUAAAGUAGAUUAGAUGAACAAUUGAAGCUGAAGCAUUAUCUACAUUAUGUACUUUAAAUCUGACAGUACUAAUUUUCCUUUCUGUGGGGUCAUAAACAAAUCUGAAAAGGCAACUUCUUGGUUCAAAAUAUGUAUCAUCUCCCCAGUCUGAGGAAGCAGUCUGUGCCGCACAUCAACAAGGAUAGACUUGUAAUGGUAAAAAUGCUUGUGGUUUCAACAUGACAGCAACUUUACCUCAUAUCCUGUAAACUGGCCUCUUAAAUUUUGAGUUGAGUGGAUUGUUUUUUGUUUUUGUUUUUUUUUUCUUUUGUGGUGGGGCAAGGCUGAAGUGUGAACAUAAUGUAUUAGUAUAUUAAUCUAUUAAAGGACAAAUUUAUUUAAACCAAGUAAAUUAUUUUAUUUGCGCAUACCAUCGCAUUAAUGGAUGGAGUGAUUACGGCGCUGCUACUUCACCUGGUAACAAGAGAUACUACUUUCUGAUUGGCUGAUAAGUCGCUGAUUCCAGUACAGCAGUCAGAUUUUAAGUCAUUAAGCAUUAAAUUAGUAAAAACCUCUUUUAAAUACAGUCGAUGGCGAGUUGUAUCACUUCUCAGCCUGAGAAAUGCCAUGUGCGUCAUGUGAAAUUAUUGAAAUGUGCAUUUGAGAUAGAUAGAUAAACUGUGUUUCAGGUGCGUACUGUGUUUAAGUGCAAAGGUGCUUUCAUGUAAACUGAGAAGUUAUGUUGAUUAAUAUAAGUGGAAUUGAAUUGAAGUGAAUUGUUAAUGAAGGUUGAUCAACUCAAAUCCUCAUUUUAACAGGGACAGGGGGUGCGGUUGCUUCUCGUUGAGGCUAGUUAGCAUUUAGCUGUGCCAGUGUCUGUUUUGCUUUUUACAUGCAGUAUGUUCAUGUUGCAGUUUGUAUGUCAAGUGAUGGCCUGGAUUUAUUGUGAUUUUUAGCAGAGUCAGAGGCUGCAAUUCAUGCUACUCAGUUAAGCUAGGCUAGUCAGUGUAUAGGUGUGCUACCUUAUAUGCUAAUAUUUCUAAUUCUCCAUUAUAUAUAUUUAGGAUUUAGUCAUUAUUGGUCUCAUAUAAGACACUAAAGUAUUAAAAGAUUUGAGAUUUUAUUCAUUUAAAAAAGAAAUCAGGAAAGAAAUGGUUCAUUAGCUUUAACUAAAGCGACUGUAUAUCACUAGCUAUCCAUCAUUAAAGUUAUUCGACAGACAUUUUAAUCGUUGUACAGUUUUCUUUUCUUUGACAUCUCAAUGUGAUGUUUAGUUAGUUGUUAGUUAACGUUUAAUUUGAACAUAAACUUAAUCGAAUACAGCCACAUGAUUUCAACAGAGCAGAGGCCACAAUUCACGGGGAGCGUACCUUCGUCCCUGGGUCCCUAACCCUGUCCCUUGCCCUUUUCUAAAAAAUUGUCCUAUGCUCCCUGGUCAUAUACAAAGCGGGAAACAUAGGGAUGAUCCCCAAUUGAUGCUACUCAGUUAAGCUAGGCCAGUUAGCAUUAAGCUAUGCUUGCUCAUCUGCCACAAAAUUCACAAAUCACACGGCAAUUUAACUAUCAGUCUGAUAUAAAACAUUAAAGAACUAAGAUGUUUUACUAUCUAAGUAGGUUUUAAUACAAGAAAUUGGGAGAAAAUGGUCAUUUGGCUCAGCUUUGUGUCACUUAUAUUUGCUGUUAUAUUAUACUUUUAUACUUUUAAUAUUUUUCUAUACUGUUAUUACUCGUUGAACCAGUCACUGUUUAUCACAUCACCACAUGCCUGAACUACUGUAUGUGGUAUGUUUUGUUAUUCUGCUAUCAAUACUCCCUCUGAAAUCAGAUAAAUAAAUAUGAGUUAUUUCUGUCACGGUGCAAAUGCAAAUCGAACUCGGUCUGAUACCUUAGUGCAAACGUUGUUUAAUACAAAGUCGUCCUAAAGACAGUUUUAUGUGACAUAACAGGAAAACCACACAGAAUAACACUUUCUAUUUCUGUUUGACGUGUCGACUCACAAAAGUAGGUCAUCAAAGUUUUUGAUCAGACUAACAGAAGCCCCAUACUCUAUUUACCCUCUGAUGGCAUUAUUGUCUAUAUUUACUGUAUAUUUAAAGGUUCUCUAUCACAGAUUGACAACAGCACAUGUUUUAAAUGUUACACAGGUAAAAUGAUUGGACGUCAGUGGCUCCCCUGGAUCCAUAGCCCAGCACCAGCCUCGGCCUCAGCCACUUCAGUCAAACAGGAACAAGAGAUAUCUUCAAGCUGCUUCAGGAUCAGAAAACCACAGAUCUGUCAUCACUUCGGCCCGGUCGCCAUCCUCUCCACUGUCUGCUCAUUACUGCUUCUGAGCUGUGUUUCUCUCUCUGUUCUGUAUUACAGUGAAUCAGACCCUACUCCAGAAUGGCAGAACCUCCUGUUUGACUACCAGAAUAUCAGUGGCAGCUUCUUCUCUCUUACUAAAACCAACGACAAUCUCAGAAGGACCAAUGAAAUCUUAAAAAAACGGACUUCCUCGCUGGACGAGCGAGCCGAACUCCUCAACAAGACGUCAGCCGGGCUGGUGUCUGUUAACGCUGCCCUGACUUUGGAGCUCAGUCGGUUAAAGGAGCAAGUUGUGAAUCAAACUGCUAAAUACUCGCAGAUUGCGCAAGAGCACGGACAGCUGGUCCGCUACACGUCCGAGCAGCGUGAGGAGAAGCAGAACAUGUCUGAAACCAUCAAACGUCUGGAGGACGAGAAGCAACACCUGUCGGAGAUCAUCGGCCUCCUGGGAGACGAGCUGCUACAAAGUACGGAACAGAACCAAGAACUUCUGGGAAUGAGCGACGGUCUGCGAAAUGAAAUUAAAAAUCUGAGCGAGGACGCAGUGGCUCAUCGGAACACGUCAGAGCAGAACAUGCGGCUGCAGGAGAGAUUGUCAGAGCUCCAAGAACUGAACCAGAACCUGAGCACGAUUUUGGGUGGAGAGCGGCAGGAGGCGGCAGAGCGGGAGAGAUCCAGGAGGAGGGAGGUGGAGCAGAUGGAGGCCGACGUGAAUUCAACCAGGGAGGCCUACCGCUCUUUAGACCUCUACUGCCCGGUGGUCGACCAGAAGACAAAAGAACGAGUUUGCAAAAAAUGUCAGAACAGCUGGAGACCGUUUCAGUCCAAGUGCUACUACUUCUCCUCCCGCCUGUUGACCUGGAGCUCCAGCAGAUCCUGGUGCCGCGCACGAGGGGGCGACCUCCUCGUCGUUAGCAGCGAACCUGAGCAGAACUUUAUUUUUGAAAGCAGUCAGACUCUGGAGCAGAAGAGCUCCCGGCUGUGGAUCGGCAUGACUGAUGCAGAGGUGGAGGGUGAGUGGCGCUGGGUGGACGGCAGCAGAGUCUCUUCAGAUGUGCAGUUCUGGUUGGGCCGACCAGGGACGAGGACUGAGCCUGACGACUGGAAGCUGGACGACCCACUCGGGGAAGACUGUGGGCACAUCGACACGAGUGAGGACGCUCUCAAGUCCUGGAUGGAUGGGUCCUGUAAGACGCCCUACAGAUGGAUCUGUGAAAAGACCAUUUAGCGU